AUGGAGGAGCACGAGGAGCCCCUACUGAACCACUCCAUGGCCUUCAUGGAGCACCUGGUCCAGGAGCUGCAGGGGCUGGAGGAGGCCAACCUCCAGGCCAUCAUCUCCUCGGGGCAGCAGGUGGCCCAGCUGAUGAGCUGCCUUGACGCGGCGCUGGCCGAGCUGCAGCUGAGCAGGGAGCACCGCGCCGCCCUGAGCCGGGCGGAUCUGUCCAGCCCCGCAGCCAUCGCAGCCUGCACGGCUGCAGCGCGGGCUCUGUCCUCCUGCAUGGACCUUCCCAUCCACCCCAGUUACCGGAAGCUGCAGGCAGUGGCAGAGCAGCUGAUCCUGUUUGAAACUCUCAAGCAGAACUUUGAGAGCUCCUUCAUCAACCACAUCACAAACAUCUUCGAGCUGCAGGGCAGUUCCCAGGCCCCUGCUCCUGGUGCCCCCACUGGCAGCAUGGCUGCCCCAAGGCACAGGCCCCAGCACGAGGAGCUGCUGCCCUACAGCCCCCUCAUGGCCUGGCUGAGGAGCACCAACCCUGCUCUCUUCUGGGACCUCCCCAAGGUAUAUUCCCAGAACCUCGGCAGACUCUACGAGCGGGAAAUCAGAGCCCUUUUUGAACAGGCCAAGAUCUCCCUGUCAGGAAGAAGAAAAGGAAGUCUGCAGGACACUUGGGAGAAGCCGAUGGGGACCAGGCAGCCCCGGUGGAGCCUCCCCAGGAGCAGGGAAAGCCAGGAGGACACCCCAGCCAGGGGGAACAUCUGCAGGGUGUUGCAGCAGGUGCUGAGCGAGCUGCAGCCCCUUUGCACCUCGGAACAGCAAUUCCUGCAGGAAUUCUUCUGCCUCGGCUGCGACUCCGUGGAGCUGCAGGCGCUGGGGGUGAGGGGAUCUGCCAGUAAGGGAGGAGAGCCCAUGGCACCUCCAGAGGAGCCUCCUCGCACCAAGAGCCAGAGCCAGCCAGAAGAAGCCAUAACCCAAAUGCUGAGUGAGAUCUUCAGCUGCCUGGAGCCGGAGCUGAGGGCAUUUCUGGAUGUCUGCAACAAGGUUCACCCACUGGGCUGCCUGCAGGUCCUGGUGGCCUUGAGUGACUCCGUGUUUGGGAACUGGGGCCCUUCCUCAGCUCCCCCCUCGUCCUUCCUGCACACCCUCCUGGGGAAUGUGCUGCUCCUGGCCAAGAGCAGCUUCAACAAAUGCAUCGGGAACUUGUGCAAGGAGAUGGAGGAGGCCAAGACUGGCAGCAGGACGAGAGGGGGGAUCCUGCCCUGCGUCAGCCACUUCCAGGAGUUCGUGGCGCUCUCCGAGGAGGUGUUCCGGACAUCCCAGCGCCGGGGGGAGCUGGACAAGGCCCAGCUCAGGCUGGCCAGCAGCGUCUUCAGCAGCAGUGAGUGCCAAGGCUGGGUGCUCUGGUCAGGAAAUGUCCCCCUGCAGCUGCAGGAGUGACCAGCUGGGCCACCAGGGCAGGGUGAGCUGCCUGUCCCUGGGCACUGAAAUCUCUCUGCCUGAGUGAG